ACCCUCCAGAUCAGGAUUAGCCUCCCUGACCCUCAUCCCUCUAACCCUCCAGAUCAGGACUAGCCUCCCUGACCCUCAUCCCUCUAACCCUCCAGAUCAGGAUUAGCCUCCCUGACCCUCAUCCUUCUAACCCUCCAGAUCAGGACUAGCCUCCCUGACCCUCAUCCCUCAACCCCUCCAGAUAAGGCCUAGGCUCCCUGACCCUUGUGUGUUUCACAGUUUGGAGACAACUGGUGUUUCCCAACCAGGGUGCCCCCAGCUUCGGCUGUCCAGGCAUGCUGGGAGUUGUAGUUCUGCAACAGCUGUAGGCACCCUGGUUGGGAAACACUGGUAUAGACUAUAGUCCAGUGGUCUCCAAACUGUGGACCACCAGAUCUAUAAUCAUUGCUGGGUCUGACCUCAGCCCCUUACUAUCCCUGACCCCGGCCUUGUCCUAUCACCAGCAAAUAUUUACUUGCAGAAAUCCCCCAUGGAGGAGCCUCCUCCACACCCACCUGGUCAGGGACCUGCUGAUCCCAGCAUUAACCCCGCAGUCACCGAGAUCUCUUGGUGGCAGACUCCUAUGUCAUGGAGCAGACUGUACAAUACAAUGCAUGUUAAUGGGGUUCAUGCUGUGUUUCUUCCAAAAACGGCGCCACCCUUGUCCUCAGGUUGUGUGUGGUAUUUCAGUUCAGUUCCACUGAAGUAAAUGGAGCCAAGUUGUAAUACCACACAGCCUGAGGACAAGAGUGGCGCUGUUCUUGGAAGAAAUCAGCAGUUUUUAUAUUCCUGAAUAGUGUUGAGCACGAAUAUUCCUAAUGCUAAUUUUUAUUGCGAAUAUCGGCACUUCGCAAUAUUGACAAAUGUUUUUUUUUGUUAUGUCAAAUACAAAUUUUUAUGCAGAUUUUCCAUGCAAAUAAACAUAGCGAAUAUGCAAAUAAUUGUCAAUAUAUUUGCGAAAUAUCGCGAAUUCGAAUAUGCCCCUGCUGCUCAUCACUGAUUCCUGAAUAACCUCUUACAUUGGGUGUAAACUCUUUAGUGCCCUCAGUAGUCAUCUGUCCAUCCUGAAAUGGCUGAUAACUGAGGACAACAGACUGUCUCAACCGCUUUAAGCUUUACCAUAGAUGGCUGAUAACAGGGAACAAAAGACUGUACAUGGAAGGUGGCUGUGGGUCAAUGUUCCUUGUGUUACUAUAUUUGCAGGUGCGGGCCAAAGGCCGGGGCCCUCAGGGCAGAGGGUUCCUGGGGAGGAGCGUGGGCCUGCGGGGGUUAAUGUUUUUAGCUGGCAGGACUCACACUGACCUUUAUACUCUCAUCCAGCAGACAGGGAAGAGCUGGGAUCCGAUCACCAUGGGGCUCCUCUCCUAUGUGGCCUCCUUCCUGCCGGCCGUGCCCUGGAGCUUGUGGGGUAGUGUGGACUCCUUCCUACAAGGUCUGGUUGGAGCCUGCGCUGUGUCUGUUCUUUACAACUUCAUGAAGGUUCAUCUGUACAUCAUGUGUCUGAAUGAUCCUGACCGACAGAAGGCGGCGGCACAGCUCAGCUCCUCAUCUCGCCUCCGUGAGCUCCUCCAUCUCCUGCUCGUCACCUUCAUCUACUCCCUGCUGGGGCCGCGGGUCGGUGCUCUGGUGGUUCUGGAGUUUUCCCUCCGUGCGGUCUCCAUGAUUUUGUCUCUACAGAAGGGCGGUCAGAGUUCACAGCUCUUUCUCCUCUGUCAGUUCUCCCUGGGAUGUGGAAUCACCUGCAGCCUGGAUUACCUGCAUGAAGGGGCCCCUCACCGCACCUGGAACCUGCUGCUGGCGGUGGGGCUGUCUGGGCUGAUCGUGUGGCAGACGAGGAGGAUGUGCCGGCACGUGGCAAUAAUGUAUCAGCUGCACAGUAGUAAGCGCUAUUGUGGGGUUUGCCUGUCGCUGCUGGCCUGCUGGCGUGACAUCCCUGCUCUGCUGUGCCGGGCACUGAAGGUGGCAUUUCUUGUGUCUGAUCUUGCCGCGGUGGCUGUGAUUAACCGCGAUUUCCUCAGUACGGCAGAGGCUGUGAGAUUCUGGACCCCGCUGACCAUCUGCUACACACUGCUGGUGAUAUACAUGCAAGAAGAGCAGCACCAGAACCCCACGGAGCAGAUGGCUUACCAGACAGUGUUUGUUCGCAUGGGGGGUCUCCUGAUCCUGAUGAUGACGGUGGGGAGGUGGGCCGAUAUUCUACACAUUGUCCUCUCGCUGGUCGGGGAGCUGUGGUGCUUGGUCCAUGCCGGGGUCAUGCUGGACAUCUGCAGAAAGGAGGAUUAUUCUUCAAGACUAUCGCCCUCCAGAACACUGAAGUCAGAGACCACCCUAGAGGGAUGAGAGUCCCCUGAUCCUGAGUGACUGUAUGAAACCGCCAUGAUUGGGAAAAAUGCUGACUUAUGGUGUAUGGUGGAUUGUAUGAUGCGCGAGAUGAUGUAAGACCCCGUACUUUGCGGAGUGUGUGCGAUGCUGGCGCCCCCUGAUGAUGUGGUGAGGAUGCUGGCGCCCCCUGAUGAUGUGGUGAGGAUGAUGGCGCCCCCUGAUGAUGUGAUGAGGAUGAUGG